AGCCGCGCUGCCGCAUGCAGAGCCCCGAGCCGCCCAUGCCAGCAUCCCUCCCGAGCAGCCCCACGCCUCUCUCUGCGUUUCUGCUCGAGCAGGAGGUUGCCCUCAUAGGCCACCCCUCGGCCAGCCUUGAUCUGCCCGAGGCCCAGCUCCUCCAGCUCGAUCUGCGGCUUCAGGUAGAAAGCCAACUCCAUGCCACCAGUAGUAGCACGAGGCAUCGGAGCCGCGGCCUCCUCUACUGUGUUUGUGCCGCAGCGGCAGCACGACCCGAGCCUAGUUGCAGGUGUCGUGUUCCUCUCUCUUCUCCUCCCUCUUUGUUUUUCCUUCUCCUUAUUUCUCUCCCUCUCCUCUCUGCUUGUCCAGGAAACUGAUCCGUGGAGAGACCAGUGCAGCACCGUCCAUGGAGCUUCACCUCCGUGGGACGAAGCUGCAACCUCGCCUCCAUCCGGGGGCACCAUCUGUGUCGUUCCCAACCAGCAGGUCCCCAGCACCGCCCUCCUUCCCGGUCUCCCUCGCCCGCCUCUGAAUACCAUGGCUGCAGCCUCUAUUUCUCCCGCCAGUUCCGCAGCGUGUCAGAUUGUGAGGACCCGUUCGACUACGUCGGUUCGUCUGCUUCACGGAGGCAUUCUUCUUCCAAGCGGGAUCUCAGGCAAGGUGAUCAUUUCCCCAGAUACCAUUACUAUCAUUGCCAUGCUAGUAUUACCGCUUCUAUCGAUUAUGUCUCGUUGCCUACCACAUGUUAAAUACCAGCCUCUCAACAAUGUCAUGAUAGCCUUCAACCUGUUCGACCUAGCAAACCACUGAUUGGCUGUGUUACCGCUUGCUUAUCCAUGUUGUUAGCGUUGCUAGUUGCAGGUGCAGUUGCUUCCAUGUGAAAACAUGGGUUCCUUGUUAUAUCACCCUAUUAAUGCUUUUGAAUUUAAUGCACCUAUAUACUUGGUGAAAGGUGGAAGGCUCGGCCUUUCUAGCC